AUGGAGUCCCAAACACUCAAGAAGGCUGAGAAGCCGAAGUUGUUUGAUGGAAAAACUUCGUACUCAGUCAGCCGGCAGAAAAAGCCCAUCACAAACUUCCAGCGAUGCAGCAACCGCAGCCCUUGUCCGCUGCCGAGACGCCGGUCGCAGGCGGCUCUCUUCAAGCAGGUAACGAAAACCGCUACAGCAGCCGACACUUCUGGUCUCAGGGACGGAAAGGAGGGCAUGUCGGAAUUUCUUGUCGAGCCGCCGUCGCCCAACUUCGGUUCGAGUUUCUGCGAUUCUUACGAAGAAGCACAAGCGCUCCGUAGAUACUGGGCCAAGAGCAACAAUAGGGAGACCAGUUGUGCAGUCGAAUGCCAGGCUGGCGGUGACGAAAACAUGAAGGACGAAGACAGCGACGAAUAUGUCUGGGAUGAUGCUGCGGAAGAUGACGAGCAAAUUAAGGAAAGGCUUGAAGAAGCCCGACUGAAUACCAUCAAAAACAACUUGGAGAAAUGA